AUGAAGAAGUUUAACAUCAGGAAGGUACUGGACGGCCUAAAGGAGCAAGCGUCUUCCUCGGCUUCGUCUGGCCAGUCGGGGACCCAGGAGAACAAUUUGAUGCAGGAGACCCUUCAGUCCGAGAAUUUUCAACUCUGCAAGACUGUCCGUCAUGGCUUCCCCUAUCAGCCGUCGUCCAUGGCCCAUGACCCAGUCCAGAAGAUCCUGGCCAUUGGGACCCAGAGUGGGGCCCUCAGACUGUUUGGUCGUCCAGGUGUUGAGUGCUACUGUCAACAUGAGAGUGGAGCCGCUGUCAUCUCGCUACAGUUUCUCAUCAACGAGGGGGCGCUGGUGAGUGCUCUGGCAGAUGACAGCGUGCACCUUUGGAACCUGAGGCAGAAGAGGCCCGCCAUCCUCCACUCACUCAAGUUCAACAGAGAGAGGAUCACGUUCGUCCACCUGCCCUUCCAAAGUAAAUGGCUGUACAUCGGCACAGAGAAAGGAAACAUCCACAUCGUCAACGUGGAGUCCUUCACACUCUCAGGCUACGUCAUCAUGUGGAACAAAGCCAUCGAACUAUCCUCCAAGGCCCACCCAGGUCCUGUGGUCCACAUAAGUGACAACCCCAUGGAUGAGGGAAAGCUUAUAAUUGGAUAUGAGUCUGGGAUCGUGGUCCUGUGGGAUCUGAAAUCAAAGAAGGCAGACUACCGGUACACGUAUGACGAGGCAAUCCACUCGGUUGCCUGGCACCAUGAGGGCAAGCAGUUUAUCUGUAGUCACUCAGACGGAACGCUCACCAUAUGGAACAUUAAGGGCCAGGGCAAGCCAUUUCAGACGAUCACCCCACACGGAAAACAGCCCAAGGAUGGAAAGAAGCCAGAGCCUUGCAAACCCAUUCUCAAAGUGGAGUACAAGACCACUAGACUGGGAGACCCAUUUAUGAUCCUGUCUGGAGGUCUGUCUUAUGACACGGUGGGUCGGCGGCCAUGUCUGACGGUGAUGCAUGGGAAGAGUACAGCCGUGCUGGAAAUGGAUUACCCCAUCGUAGACUUCCUCACGCUCUGUGAGACGCCAUACCCUAACGAUUUUCAGGAACCUUAUGCUGUUGUGGUCCUUCUCGAAAAGGAUUUAGUGGUGAUCGACCUUGCACAAAAUGGUUACCCCAUAUUCGAGAACCCCUAUCCACUGACCAUCCACGAGUCUCCUGUGACCUGCUGUGAGUACUAUGCUGACUGCCCUGUGGACCUCAUACCCGCACUUUACACUGUUGGCUCCAGACAGAAGCGACAGGGCUACAGCAAAAAGGAAUGGCCCAUAAGUGGUGGUAACUGGGGCCUUGGCACACAGAGCUACCCUGAGAUCAUCAUCACUGGGCAUGCUGAUGGGACUGUGAAGUUCUGGGAUGCUUCUGCAAUAAUGCUCCAGGUACUAUACAAGCUGAAGACGGCCAAGGUGUUUGAGAAGAGCAGGAAUAAUAAGGAGGAAAAGCAGAACACGGAGAUUGUGGAUGAGGACCCGUUUGCCAUCCAGAUCAUGGCCUGGUGUCCUGAGAGCAGGAUCCUGUGUGUGGCCGGGGUGUCUGCCAACCUCAUCAUUUACCGCUUCAGCAAGCAGGAGAUCACCACCGAAGUUGUACAGCUGUUGGAGGUGCGCUUGCAGUACGAGGUGAAUGACAUGGAGUCCCCUCCAGAGGGGGGAGGAGGGGGUGACCGCGGAGGCGGGGGGGACCGUGACCUGCCCACCCCCGGAACAGCCUCACCCAGCCCCCAGACCACCGGACCCCCGACACACCCCUCCACCAGCAGCAACUCCUCUGACGGGGUCCGAGACAACGUAGCCUGCCUUAAGGUGCGUAGUACCCCUCUAAAGCAGUCUCCAGGGUACCAGGUAGAGUUGGUGGUGCAGCUGGUGUGGGUGAGUGGAGAGCCCCCCCAACAGAUCACAAGCCUGGCCCUCAACUCCUCCUACGGACUGAUUGUGUUUGGGAACAGUAAUGGUUUGGCAGUGGUGGACUACCUCCAGAAGACAGUGCUGUUGAACCUGGGGACAGUGGAGCUGUAUGGGCAUAACGAUCCCUACCAGAGACAGCCUCGCUCGCCACGCAAGACACGCCAGCCUUCCGGAGGUCUGUGUGAUAUCAACGAGGGCUCUGCCUCGGAGGACCGCUGCAAAUCCCCCACUUCAGUGUUGGCGUUAAACCAUCAGCAAUUCUACAAUGGAAGUGGGGGUAGAGGAGCAAAGAUGUCACGGAAAUUAAGCUUGCCUACUGAGCUAAAGCCAGACUUGGACCACCGGGACAACUCCUUCAGCCGUUCACGCUCCUCCUCCGUCACCUCCAUUGACAAGGAGGCACGCGAGGCCAUCACCUCCUUCCACUUCUGUGAGACAUUCGCUCGGAAGGGGGACAGCACCAUCACACCCUGCCUGUACGUGGGCACCUCCCUGGGCACAGUGCUGGCUAUGGCCCUCAACUUGCCUCCUGCUGGGGAACAGAGGCUACUGCAGCCCGUCAUCGUCUUGCCUAGCGGUACCCUGGGGCGUCUAAAGGGCAGUAUCCUGAGGAUGGCCUUCCUGGACAACACGGGCACCUUCCUUCCCCCUGCCUUCGAGCUGUGGUACGAGCCCAACGCCGUGGGCGCCGACAGUGAGGAGCGAGACAAAGCCCGUAAACGCCGCCCGGUCUCUGUGUCGCCCUCCACCUCCCAGGAGCUACAGGAGAGCCAGUAUGCGGUGGUGUGCUCUGAGAAACAGGCUAAGGUCAUAGCACUGCCCUCCCAGAACUGCAUAUUCAAACACAGCAUCACAGAGACAUCGUUCGUCCUGAGGGCUGACGUGGUCCAGAUGAACAUAGGGAACUGUGUGGCCUGUUUCUGUGCUAACGGACACAUCAUGACCCUCAGUCUGCCGGGGCUGAGACCGUUGCUUGAUGUAAACUACCUGCCGCUGACAGACAUGCGGAUAGCCCGGACCUUCUGCUUCACCAACCUUGGCCAGGCCAUGUACCUCACCUCCCCCACUGAGAUACAGAGGAUCACAUACAGCCAGGAGACAUGCGAGAACCUGCAGGAGAUGCUAGGAGAACUGUUCACACCAGUGGAGACCCCGGAGGCUCCCAACCGAGGAUUCUUCAAGGGCCUUUUUGGGGGAGGAGCAACUUCCCUGGACAGAGAGGAGCUAUUUGGCGAGACGCAGGCGGGUAAAGCAUCCCGUGGCCUUGCCCAGCACAUCCCGGGUCCUCAGGGACUGGAAGGCAUGAAGGGGGCAGCCUCGGGCGUGGUGGCGGACCUGGCACGUGCCCGGAUAGCGCUGGACGAGAGAGGGCAGAAACUGGGCGAGCUGGACGAGAGGACGGCCGCCAUGCUGGCCAGCGCAGACUCCUUUGGCAAACACGCCCACGAUAUGAUGCUGAAGUGCAAAGACAAGAAGUGGUACCAGUUCUGA